UCUCUCAGAUUGAGGCGCUGUGUCAGAGGCUGAGGAGCUGGAGGAGAGGGAGAGGAGGGAAGGGAAGAAGAUGGCCGAUGAAGACGCUCUGAGGAAGAUGAGGAGCGUAGAGGAGCAGCGAGAGCACCUGACCAAGAAACUGUCUAUCGCAAAACAGGAGGAGGAGGCUCUGCUCUCGGAGAUGGACGUCACCGGCCAGGCGUUCGAGGACAUGCAGGAGCAGAACAUCCGUCUCAUGCAGCAGCUCCGAGAGAAGGACGACGCCAACUUCAAACUGAUGAGCGAGAGGAUCAAAUCCAACCAGAUCCACAAGCUGCUGAAAGAGGAGAAGGAGGAGCUGGCAGACCAGGCACUGACCCUCAAAACACAGGUUGAUGCUCAGCUCCAGGUUGUCAGGAAGCUGGAGGAGAAGGAGCAGCUCCUUCACAGCACCAUCUCCACUGCGGAGAAGGACCUGGCGCUGCGGAGCCAAGCCCUGGACAUGAACAAGCGCAAGGCUGUGGAAGCCACUCUCUUCUCGGAGGAGAUGAAGCUGCAGAUCGAAGCUCUUCAGAGUCGACUGCAGAGCGUCCAGGAAGAGAUCAUAGAGAACAGCAUGAGCAGAGAGAAGGAGGCAUUCAACUACAAGAGAGCACAGGAGGAUAUCUCGAAGCUGCGCAGGAAACUGGAGAAGACAAAGAAGCCGGACAUGAUCCUGAACUCUGACAAGAUCCUGAACGAGGAGAUCAACGACUACAAGACCCGGCUCACCUGCCCCUGCUGUAACUCUCGCACGAAGGACGCCGUGCUCACAAAGUGUUUCCACGUCUUCUGCUUCGAAUGCGUGAAGACGAGAUACGACACGAGACAGAGGAAGUGUCCAAAAUGCAACGCUGCCUUCGGAGCCAACGACUUCCACCGCAUCUACCUGGGAUAGGAGAGAAGAGGGGGGAGAGGAGAGGAAGAGGAGAGGAGAGAGGAGAGGAGAGGAGAGGAGGGGGGAGGAGAGAGGAGAGAGAGGAAAGAGGAGGGGAGAGGGGAGGAGAGAGGAGAGGAGAGGAGAGGAGGGGAGAGAGGAGAGGAGAGGAGAGGAGGGGAGAGAGGAGAGGGGAGAGGAGAGGAGGAGAGAGGAGAGAAGAGGAGGGGGGAGGAGAGAGAGGAAAGAGGAGGGGAGAGGGGAGGAGAGAGGAGAGGAGAGGAGAGGAGGGGAGAGAGGAGAGGGGAGUGCUGACCAUGUUAAUAAAGCUAAUAAGAGCUGAGAGAAUGUUUUUUAGAGUUGUGUGUUCACAGGAUGUCAGUGAACUCGUGGGCGUUGACGUGUUUUGAAUGUCGCAGCACGAGAUUCCAGAUGUUGAAACGAAAUCCCGAAACGGCUUCAACAUCUGGAAACAAUUUCACAUUCAAAACAUUGAGAGAAACUUAACCAGUUCAGUGACAGACGCUUCCACUAGAAGUCUUUCUCAGCGUCUUCAGUGUAAAUUCAAUGGCAAACGUUUCCACUAGAAGUCUCUCAGCGUCUUCAGUGUAAAUUCAAUGGCAAACGUUUCCACUAGAAGUCUCUCAGCGUCUUCAGUGUAAAUUCAAUGGCAAACGUUUCCACUAGAAGUCUUUCUCAGCGUCUUCAGUGUAAAUUCAAUGGCAAACGUUUCCACUAGAAGUCUUUCUCAGCGUCUUCAGUGUAAAUUCAAUGGCAAACGUUUCCACUAGAAGUCUUUCUCAGCGUCUUCAGUGUAAAUUCAAAGGCAAACGUUUCCACUAGAAGUCUCUCUCAGUGUCUUCAGUGUAAAUUCAACGGCAAACGUUUCCACUAGAAGUCUUUCUCAGCGUCUUCAGUGUGAAUUCAAUGGCAAACGUUUCCACUAGAAGUCUCUCAGUGUCUUCAGUGUAAAUUCAACGGCAAACGUUUCCACUAGAAGUCUCUCUCAGCGUCUUCAGUGUAAAUUCAAUGGCAAACGUUUCCACUGGAAGUCUUUCUCAGCGUCUUCAGUGUAAAUUCAAUGGCAAACGUUUCCACUAGAAGUCUUUCUCAGCGUCUUCAGUGUGAAUUCAAUGGCAAACGUUUCCACUAGAAGUCUUUCUCAGCGUCUUCAGUGUGAAUUCAAUGGCAAACGUUUCCACUAGAAGUCUCUCAGCGUCUUCAGUGUAAAUUCAAUGGCAAACGUUUCCACUAGAAGUCUCUCAGCGUCUUCAGUGUAAAUUCAAUGGCAAACGUUUCCACUAGAAGUCUUUCUCAGCGUCUUCAGUGUAAAUUCAAUGGCAAACGUUUCCACUAGAAGUCUCUCAGCGUCUUCAGUGUAAAUUCAAUGGCAAACGUUUCCACUAGAAGUCUUUCUCAGCGUCUUCAGUGUGAAUUCAAUGGCAAACGUUUCCACUAGAAGUCUCUCUCAGCGUCUUCAGUGUGAAUUCAGUAAUUUCAGCUCUCCAGUAGAGUUCUUACAUGCUGUGCUUUUACUGGUGACUCAAUAAAUGUUUUACACACGCA